CUGAAUCAACAUUAACGGAGAUGACAGAGGCUUUAAAAGAGGACGAAGACAAAACACAUCCAGCAACGCUCCUGGAGUUUGAGUGGGGUCCAAGCAGAGACCUGCAGGAAGCCCACCAGAAGAAGCGCAGAGCUCUUCUCCAGAAAUCAUCUCGCAGGGUGGAGGAAAUCAAAGCCAAAGCUGCUCUUGUCAAAAUCCAAGCCUCUUCUGAAACUGGAGAGCAGUCUAAAGCUAAACAGUCUACAUCAGUCGCCUGUAAGUCCAAAACAAAGUCAGAAAAAGCUCAAGACCCUCAGAGGAACCUUCAGACUGACACCAAGUCAAAGGGAGGAAAGGCGGAGCAGACUGGAGAGAAAACCGCUCAGAAAUCCGGCUUCAUCAAGCAGAAAAAGUCCCAGCUUCCUCCUGCAGUGAGCGAUUCCAGGCUGAAGAAUGUGGAUGAAGUGAGAAUCUGCCAACCUGAUCAAAGGAGACGGGAUGUGACCGAGAUGCACCGGCGAACUCAGAGACUGUAUGAGCAGCUGGAGGAGGUGAAGCAUCAGAAGGAAGUCCGCAGCAGACAGGAAGCUUCCGCCAAAAACCGACUGAAGGCCCAAGAGUUUCACAAGAAAACUUUGCAGAAACUUCGUGCCAAGCAGACUCAGCGUUGAUCGACUUUCAAUGUGUUGUAGAUUUUUUUUUAAACAUUUUGUAAA